AUGGUAUCUAGUCCCCAGAUAAAUACAUCUUCCUCAACGAGCCGCCGUUUACAAGCAGGUAAGGCCGAGAAGGGACUGCGCUACGGGAUCCAAAGAACUGAUUUGAACAUUGAAGAGCCCAUCAGCAAGCUAACUGAGCAUUAUGAUCUUUCAAUCAAAGAUAUGGAAACCUGGGUUGCUCGACCUGCUGAAAUCCGCAGGAAAGAGGCUCUGGCUAAGGGAAAAGUCGCCCGGCCAAUGAACUCCUUCAUGCUCUAUCGUUCGGUUUACUCGGAACGAAUCAAACAGCUCGCUGGAGUGAAUAAUCAUCAGGUAGUCUCCAAGAUUGCGGGUCAAGGCUGGAAUUCGGAGCCACCUGAUGUCCGCAAAAAGUAUGCAGACUUGGCCAAGCUUGAGCGUGACGCUCACGCCGCAGCCCAUCCGGAAUACAAAUAUUCGCCUGCAAAGCGACGAAGAGGCCCUGUAAAGCGACGAAAAGGCGCUGUCAACCACCGAAACGAGGUGACCUGGUCCGAAUCAGAGACUGAAGCUGACUUAAAAGUUUCCGGAAUGACACCAGUGCCACCAUAUGUACCCCCCCACGACCUGAGCCUCGAAGAGAACUACUUCAAUGCCAACCAAAACUUUUCGCCAUACGGGAGACUCGAGCACGAAAUGAGCCAUUCUUGGCCUAACGCAAUCUAUUCCACUGGCCUGCCAAUGUAUCCCGAAUCAUCACAUAGCUUGAACGGUACGAUAAAUGCUCAAGUCUGCACAGCAAGCCACUCGCAGCAGGACAUCCAUUACAGCUCCGCACUCAUUGGCUUUCCAGGUGCCUCGCACCAGGAGCUGCUUCAGCAAACCCAUUAUAUCCAAGUGGUUUCCCCUAUGGACCCCGUGCGGCUCGUGCAUCCCGAUGCUAGUGAGGCUGUCGAAUUUCCCAACCUAGCUAGAGCCACUUUCACCUCUGAUAUCUCCACAUACAGCGUAUCGCGACAAUAUGGUCACAGCUGCCGUACCACAAGGGGCCCUGGCAUUUUCUGA